UUCGACGGGUUCGACGAUGACGGGUCAGGGCAGAUCAGCGCGGAGGAGCUGAGAAAGGCGCUGAGGUCGCUCGGGGUCAACGUGAGCGUGAAGGAGAUGAACCUGCUGAUGAAGCGCUUCGACCAUAACGGCGAUCAGUGCAUCGACUUUCAGGAGUUCGAGGACAUGGUCAAGGAGCUGAUCCCUCCUCCCGAGUUCGACGCAUCCUUCGAAAAGAUGGACCUCAACGGGGACAAGACUCUGGACGCGGAAGAGAUCAGACUUGGACUGCAGGAGUUGGGCAUUGACAUGUCAGAGGAGCACCUGAAGCGAGUGAUGGCAGUUGCAGACACGAGCGGGGAUGGUACCGUGGACUACGACGAGUUCGUG